AUGUGUUUUGAUGUGUCUGCGGCUGAGAUUAGACAGAUGACGGACGUCAAGUCACAGAUGACACUUUCUGCUAACAGCUUAUCUGCACCAAAAUCCGAUCCAUCCGCAAAAAUGUCUCUUUCCAUGGAUGACGACAAAUUGACAUCAGGUAGUCAACAGAAGCCGAAACCGGAUGUCGAGGUGGUGCCGAAGGACACGGAUCUUGAUCAUUUUUUUGAGACAGGAAGACCAAAAGCGAUCAACCCAGGAUCCCAUGCUCAGGUCAAAGCAGUUAUGACGGAAGGCGUGAUAAUGAGCCGUUACAGUCCUGCAGCUCGUACGAACUACAGUGUUAAGACUAACAGCGCAAGACAUCGAGAGAAACUUGCGUCUGCUAUCAAUUUGGACGAUGACUCGUCUGUUGAGGACGAAGACGAAAUGGAUGAUGAAGAGGAGACGGAGGGAGAAGAAGAUGUGGAGGAAGAUGAGUUGGAGGGGAAGGAAGUGAUGACAGCCGAUGACAGUAUGGAAGACGAGAAACCGUCGAACGACGGUGAGAAUCUGAUGCUUCAAUACAAAGCGGAAGAAACCGACGAAAACUACAAGGCACAUAUUCCAACGUUGUGUACUACUUUUUCGGAUAAAGCUGACACGAUCUUCUCACAAAUGACUCUCCAGAUACCUCCAAUGGUGAAACCAGUCAAAAGACUUUGUGCGAAACCGGCCGCAAGUGAAGAGUCUGGUCAACACCAUUGCAAAAACCUUUAUCGAAAAAGAACACAAGAUCAAACCAAUCCAAGUUUCCACAAUUACGAUGUACGCCGCCAAGGAUCUUCUUCACUGUUCAUCCCAAAGGAGACGCUCGCUCAUCAGAAGUUGAUUCAAGAGCUCUCGAAGUCCGCUCACCACAAAAAAGUGGGUUACACAAUGGCUUCGAGUACAAAUCUGAAAGGAGAGCUGUCCAAAUUUGGUGAGAAGUCAAUCACUUUGCAAUGUCCUAAUGAGUAUGAAACUGCCACUUGCCCAUCUCGUCAAAUUUCGGAGUUACAAUCGGAUGAGUGCCACCGUUCGUUUAUUCAGGAACUGGCACUCAAUUGGCUUAUCGACACUAUUUUCCCACGCAUUUACGGUGCUAAACCUUAUGACAAAACUUACUUGCUCGGAGACUGUGAAAGAAUUGCUCCAUGUUCAAUGCGAAUACAACGAGAACUGACAUACAGUAACUGCGCUCUAAUAGUGCGAUUGCAACCGAGGGAUGUCUGUACAAAUGUAGACUGGCCGGAGUCUCUUCAUGAGAGGUAG